AUGGACCUAAAAAGCAUUCAGUCCUGCUUUGAAGAGCACAAUGAUUAUUGUCUUAAUGGUAUCUGCGUAUUUCACACAGAAUUAAAGAUGCCCAAUUGCAGGUGUCUUGUAGGUUACAGUGGUGAAAGAUGUGAACAUCUGAUGUUAAAUUCCUACACACAAUAUUCCUCUGAAUGUUAUGUUGCUGUCGGGAUUGGUGGUGGAAUGUUACUAAUUGGAAUGAUUGCUGUAAUCUACUGCUACAUAAGAAAGAG